AUGUCAGCCACUGUCGCCGCCACAUCCACGACAAUCAGGGGAGGCAACGAGCAAUCUCGUCCGCGUAUCUCACAACCACUUGAAUAUUCGGGCAGCCUGGAUUCAUAUUCCCAUAGUGAUUUGACUCCUGUAAUUGGCAGAGAAUACAGAGGACUGCAAGUGGCGGACAUCUUACAAUCGGAGGAAUGUGACCGGCUGAUCAAAGACCUGGCUGUAACCAUAUCGAGCCGGGGCGUAGUUUUCCUACGUGACCAAGAUGUGACACCAGAGCAAAUGCGGGCAUUCGCGGAGAAGUUGACCGCCAUCGCAGGAUGCCCAGAGUCCUCGGGGCUGCACGUUCACCCCUUGACCGAAGAGGGAAGCGAGCUGGGUGACCAAAUCAGCGUAAUCAGCAGCGAGAAGCAGAAAAAAGGCGGCGGACUCAUCCAUCAUCUCAGCGAUACAAGUCGGUUUGCCUCGGUGGGCUGGCAUUCCGAUAUCAGCUUUGAGCGUGUCCCCUCAGACUACGCGAUGCUCAAGAUCCAUCAGUUGCCGGAAACUGGAGGAGAUACAUUGUGGGCGUCGGGCUACGAAUUGUAUGACCGUCUAUCACCAAAGAUGGCAGAGCUCUUGGAGGGCUUGACGGCGACACACGAUGCCACAUUCUUCCACGAUGAGGCACGGCGGUUGGGAAAUCCGUUACGAACGGGAAUCCGUGGGUCGCCGCUGAAUCAGGGAGGAGAGCUCACGGCGGUCCAUCCGGUCAUCAGAACUAAUCCGGUGACUGGCUGGAAGUCCGUCUAUGUAAACAGAGGAUUUACGAAGCGUAUCAACGGCGUGACCAAGGAUGAAUCGGAUCUGUUGCUGCAGUAUCUGUUCAAUUUGGUUACUCAAAACCACGACACACAGGUUCGCUUCAAAUGGAAUCAAAAUGAUAUGGCAGUCUGGGAUAACCGCUCUACUUUUCAUUGUGCCACAUACGACUACAUAGAGGCUCGGGCUGGUGACCGAGUCUGCAGUCUAGGCGAGGCGCCUUAUCUGGAUCUUCAGUCUAAGUCUAGGAGACAAGCUCUGAGCGCAGAGCAUUGA